AUGAGGCAGGCUGCUCCUGUGAAGAUAUGCAGCCAGGAGAGGGGGCACUUUCCUGUACCGACCAACAUUAAAAUUGAAUCCUAUGACAUGCAUCCUGUCCUGUAUUGGGAUUAUGAGAUGACGGUGCCAAGCCCUGUUUUCACUGUACAGGUGAAGACCUAUUGGAAUGGGAUCUGGCUUGAUGCCUGUGUUAAUAUUUCAGAUCAUCAGUGCAAUCUUUAUCAACAAAUUAAAGAUCCAUCGAUUUCUUUUUGGGCCAAAGUUAAAGCUAGGGUUGGACAAAGAGAAUCUGACUAUGUGGAAACAAAAGAAUUUGUUAUGUGUUCUGAUGGGAAAGUUGGACCACCUACCGUAGAUGUCAGAAGAAAGGAAAAUCAAAUCACUGUUAGCAUUUCUCACCCAUUGAUUACUGAAAAUGGAGAAAAUGAAGGAUUUGAGUAUGAUGAUUAUGACUGCGAUUUCAUAUACAAGAUAUAUGUGAGAAGCAAUGGAAGUGAAGCCCGUGAAUUGACAGAAACAGAAGCAUGCAGUGAGCCUCCGUGUCAGAUAUCCUUUGCAAUAUCCUCAGAAAAUGCUGAGUACUGUGUUUCAGCAAUCGGUGUCUCAGAUAGUUACGAAGUUAAAACAGGAAAGUCAGAAGAAUAUUGCAUUACCUCAUUUGAAAAUUAUUCCAACCAGAAUUCUCUGUGGAUUCCAGUUGCUUGCGCUGUCCUAUUCUUUGUAGGAUUGAUCACCUUCAUUGCAUUUUGUCAGAUUAAGAAGAUUAACCCUUUUAAGAGAAAAAAUAUCGCAUUACCCAAAUCCUUGCUCUCUGUCGUAAAACAUGCCACUUCAGAGACAAAACCUGAAUCAAAAUAUGUGUCGCUCAUCAUGUCCUACCAGCCUGUUGCCCUGGAGAGUGAAAAAGGGGUCAGUGAAGAGCAGUUGUCUACAGCCACAGUUUCAGACAUGCACACGAGAGGUGACCCAGAAAAAGUGGAGCCCACGGACGACAGUUCUAGUAAAACAGAAGUGGUAAUUAUUGAAGAAAAUAGCUCUGACGUUCUCCCAGGAAGUGCUACGACUCCAGUAAGGAGAGAGAAUUCUUUUCAGUCAAGUAGCAACCAGUCUGAACCGGGCAGUGACACGUUAAACUUGUAUCACUCCAGAAAUGGAUCUGAUAGUGGCCUGGUGGAAUCGGACAGCCUCGUAUCUGACUUGGAAUGUCCCACAAAUCCUGAAACAGAAAUCAAUACAGAAGUACAAGACAGUAUUGUGACAAUAAGAAACACUACCACCUCGUUUGGUUAUGAUAAACCCCAUGUGCUGGUCGACCUGCUUGUGGAUGAUGGUGGAAAAGAGUCCUUGAUUGGUUAUAGGCUUCCAGCAGAUUCCAAAGACUUAUCAUAA